GCCGCAGGAAGAAGAAUAACUGUCCUCUGAAACGUUCCGAAUAGUAGAAACUGACUGACGUUUCCUCCAUUAUCUGGGAGAUCCGCGAGAGCACGAACUCAUUAUUUAAUAUUAGAAGGCAGAUAAUCUGGAAAGAUGAACAUCUCGUUGUUUAAAAAAUAAUACGGCUGAUAGAACAAUAUUUCAGUAAUGCCAGUCACCCUGAAAAAAAGAAACUUCAGGAAGUUGUAUCACCAAACAUGCAUCCAAAAGGAACACCAAAUCCACAUUCCAAAUGACUCUGAUGAUGACCUUUUCAUGUGUCAUGACUGUUUUGCAGUUGAAGAUGACACUGAUGAUGAAUAUGAUACAGGAAUUUUUAAAGAUGUUCAGAAAUGUGUACCUGGCGCAACUUACAAGAGGGAAUGCAACACCUGUCGAUGUUCUGCUGAUGGACAAAGUGAAGCCUGCACUCUCAAGUUCUGUGUACCAAAUGCAGGAAAACAUAUAUUCUGAAGGUUUAUAAAAAUGAUAUUAUAAUACAAUGGCAAUAUAAUCUGGAUUCUUGGUUUUUUAAACCUUGUCAGAGAAUGGACAAGGUUAGAAAACCCAGCAACCCAGGCACACCUGUUUUCAUUCUAGUCCACAGAAAUAACCACAUUGUUAUUAAUAAAAGUGCAUACUAAAAGUGAAAAUUUCGUUAGUGUACACCAGUCACUUUGUGUCACCCAUGUACAGCAACUGGUCAUUAACUUAGACCAGAGUACGAAAUGUCUGUCCAGUUACAGACCAGUUCAAUGUAAUGAUAUAAAAAUCAAACAAAACAGUAAAAUAGCCUUUAAUGAUUUCUAAAUUUUCUUUCCUCAAAGUUUUCACAAAUUUUCCAGAUUUGCUCAGUCUUGGAAAUCUCUUCUACACAUUCUUAAGAAACAAGUUUCUUGCCUGUGUGGGGAACCAGCCUGUCGCACAAUCUGGAAUGAGGGUUUUUGUAAUGUAUAUUAAGAGAGCUGGUGGCAAAAAUAUACACAAAUAUUCAAGCUCUUGGCAUGAUUCAAGCUCUGUGUUUGACCUAAGAUAUUUCUUGUGUGCCAUAACCCAUGUGUCCAUACAGACUAGACACUUUUUAAAUACGUAAUUAUACUGAAUAUAAAAUAUAUUUAUGUCAAUAUAUGCCAUUGUUGUUUGAGAAUUGGA